AAUAACAAAACUGUUACAAAAUUGUCAGUCACAUAAAAGUCAUGGCGUAAAGUCGUUUUAAGGAUUACAAAAUAAAAUUUCAGUGAUAAUAUCCGAUUCAACCGGCAAAUAAUAAAUCAGUCAUGGAGCAACUGUAUAUGCUUGAGAUGUUCAUUGACAAAGUCACAAUUUUUGUAUCCGAUGACGAUGAAAAAAGCGCAAACAAUAAAAAACUGAUUGUUAAAAUCAAAUUUGGACCUAAUGCGGAAUUUAUUAUAAAAGAAGGACAACUGGCGAUAAACGAAGGCAAAGAUGAUGAUGUAAUCGACGUUGAUGAGAGAGGGAGAAAGAAAUGGACGAGAACAAUCAGAGUGGGUAAAUCGUAUCUGUUUCCAUCAUACCCAGAUACGUUACUAGUGAUACUUAGUAAAUUUCCACUGGAAAUAGAAGUAUGGAACGAUGAUGAUACGGAAAUUAAUAUAUUUGUUGGCGUCGGUACUAUGUAUUGGCAAACAGAAUUUUUCCACAUGCUGAAAGAAACCGCUGAUGUUUGCAAGGUUCAUGAACCUUUAUCCAUUAAAGAGAAUGCGCGUUUGCUGGCAGAAUGUCAUUGCAAACAAGUGGGAGAAAUCUCAUUUAUUCUCAGACUUAGCGCAUUAGGUAAUAGUAUAAUAACAGAAUUCCAACAGCCGAUGAGAGAUCCUGAUUCCUUUGUAUUUAGAACAAAUAAAGCUCCGAGUAUGUUCGAAUGUAAACGAAUCGAAGGCGACAAUCCUAACUUCUGUAUGGUAGGUAGUCUUUAUGAGACAACAACACUGGAAGACCCAGAUAUUAUAAAGAACGCUGUCACGAAAAUAGAAAUCUGUACAGAAGCCUCAACCUGUGGCAUGGACAAAUUAGGUCCAGAAAGUACUUGUAAGCACGGAGAAAAGGAUAAACGACCUUAUCCGAUAGAUAAGAUUAGAAUGGGAGAUAUACGUGGACCUUGUGGUAACACUAACUGCCCCUUAGCACAUAAAGUUAAAAACUAUAUUAGGAAUCUGGAUAGUUAUAAAAAUAAAGUAGGUGUGGUUAGUAAUAAAGGUGACAAUGUGACGAAGAAAAUAUGUGGCAAGUGUGAUUGUAAAGAUGAUCGCUGGCACAGGGAAACUUGUCCACUAAAGAAGGAAGCUGCGCCUAAAGUUGAAUGCGAAGGAUGUAAGGGAGUCACUGAAGAAGGAGAAACAUGUGAGGAUAAAAAGAAAAAGUUUAUGGGCACAGGUGUUACUCCGAGAGGCAGUAAAACGCAAGUCAAUUUCCUAUUUAGUACUGUCAAAUUUCAAGGCCUUAAUGGCGGUGCUCAAUUAAGAGAUGAGUUUAUACAGAACUCACUUAUGGAACCCUAUUUAAAAUCUGAUUCGACCAACAAAAGUGGAUGUUCCUGUUCUCAAGAGCAGACAUUUUGUAAUUCUGAAGAUAUAAAGUGUUUAGCAAAUCAGGAUAUUACAAUAGAGGGGCAAGAGAAAAAUGUCGAUACUGAUGACUCCAAAUGCUAUAUUAAUGUUUACAAUUGCGUAGUAGUUCGUGAUGAGAAAGAUUGUUCUUGUAAUCCCCCAAAACCGGCUCCGUUAUGCAGAACAUUUGAUUGCGAAUGCUUAAGUAAAUUGACAGAAAUCGCAUCAAGGAAGAAUCACAAACCUUUUUGUCCUUUGUACAAGCACAAGCAUAAUUGUCCUGUAACAAAGAUUCAUGAAGAAGAGACUCAGAAGGAGGACGAUGAAGACGAAACCGAGCCAUUACCUUACGGGCUACCUCCGAUAAGUCUUGGGCCCUGUCCUGUAAUGGGAAGACCGUGUAGCGUUCCAGAUGGUUUCGCUAAGAUGUACAAGAAUGCGGCGUUACCAGCUCUACCGCCUAGUUAUAGCGAUGCUGGUAAGGUUUGCUGUUCUAAAGAGUAUGAAAGGGUAAAGAAAGCGUUACAGGAGUAUAUGAAAUAUGAAAAAGACCAUGACUAUAGAUGUGUUAAUAAAUUCGACGUGGACACUGAAAGACGUUGCUGCGAUAAGGAGCAGCAGCUAAUGGCUCUGAUGGGGAAAGGCUGCUGCGGCGCCCACAAGAUGGCAAUACAAGAAAAGUUCAACGAUAAAAAGUAGUUUCGGAUAUGAUUCAUUGACAUUUUAUUUUGUAAUCUACAUGCGUUGUAAAUCUUGGUCAAUUUAACACCUAUUCUAUUCCUAUUUAAAGAAGAAAAUUAUAAUGCGUUCAUCUAAUGAUCUCUGUCAUAUUUAUAUUCUGUUAACAAUCCUAAUGUAAUAAGUAACGUUCAUUUAACUUAUAAUAAAUAUUUAACACCUC